UGACAGGAAAAUACACAAAACAAAAUAACGAUUUCUUGGGUUAGAUGCACGCGAUUUGCGAUAAAACAACAGCUCUCACUGUGGUUCCAUCUCCAUUUUGUCAUCUUCUUCUUAUUAUUCCCUCUUUCUAGUGUUGCAGAGACCCUUUUUUUUUCAUGGUCUCAGUCACAAAGCAAGAAAUCCAAAAGUAAAUGAAUCCAAUGACGUUUGAUUCCAAAAACAACAACCCAUUUUCGUUUUCACCACUAGCCCACAAGCGCAAUCAUGUUCUAGUGAAGUUUGCUGCUUUUUCUCUCCUUUUGGGUCUGGCUUUUCGGCUCUUUGUUUAUAAUCCUAUCCAGUUUUCUUCAGAAACUAUUCACCCUUCUCUUGUUGUACAAAACGUGACAUUUCCACCUCCACCGAAUAUGUCGCUGGUUUCGGGUCAUUUACUGGUCGAUGAAAGUUUUCCGGCAAGUGAUAACAUAACUUCUCAGAAUGUCACAACAGAAUGCAACAUAUUUACUGGACAAUGGGUGCCAGAUUCCUCUGGUCCAUUUUACACCAGUGAGAGUUGCAAACACAUUGAAGCUCCUCAAAAUUGUCUGAAAAAUGGCCGCCCUGAUUCGGAUUAUGUUCACUGGAGGUGGAAGCCCCACGACUGUGAGUUACCAAAGUUUGAUCCGCGGAAAUUUCUUGAUUUGAUGAGGAACAAAUCAUUUGCUUUCAUCGGCGAUUCAAUUCAACGUAAUCAUCAGCAGUCAUUGCUUUGCACCCUGUCACAGGUAGAAGAAGCAGUGGAGGUCUACCAUGACGAGGAAUACAGAUCCAGAAGAUGGCAUUUUUCCUCCCACAACUUCACUCUGUCAGUUUUUUUGAGUCCUUUCCUCCUAAAAGCAGCCAUUCUUGAAGAUAUAUUUAGAGUUUCAGCGGCUGAAAUUCAUCUUCAUCUCGACAAACUCGAUACACAAUGGAGUGAACAAUACACUAAUUUUGAUUACGUGGUAAUCGCAGGUGGGAAAUGGUUUCCCAGAACAGCAACAUACUAUGAAAACAACACGAUCAAAGGCUGCCAUUACUGCCCGAGUAAGAAUUUAACAGAAUUAGGAUUUGAUCAUGCCUACCAUAAAGCCCUACAGUUGAUUUUUAACUUUGUUACAAGUUCAAACCACAAAGCACACAUAUUAUUUAGAACUACCGCGGCGGAUCAUUUUGAGAAUGGAGAGUGGUAUAGUGGGGGCUACUGCAAUAGAACCGGACCAUUUAAAGAAGGCGAGGCUGAUUUAACCACCGAGGACACAACGUUGCGAGAUGUUGAGUUAGAAGAAUUUGAGAAGGCAGUGGAAAUAGGAUCCAGAAAGGGGGUGACUUUGAAACUCCUGGACAUAAACCACCUUUCAUUGUUGAGACCUGAUGGGCACCCAGGAGUUUAUCUGCCAUCCCAGCCGUUUUCCAAGGGUAAACACGAAAAACUUCGGAAUGAUUGUUUGCAUUGGUGCCUGCCCGGGCCGAUAGAUUCCUGGAAUGAGUUGCUAAUGCAAAUGUUGUUCAGUGGUUGAGAAUUAAGAAUAAGAAAAGAAACUCUUUUUUGCCUUCAAAUUUCCUGGUUUGAAAUUAUGGGCUUAUUGUGAUCUUAAUGAUCUGAAGUGCUGAAAGGAAGAGGAUCCCUGCCAACUGGAAUAACAAUGAAAGCUACUGUUUUAGUACGGAUUAAAGUUGAGCUAGCAAGAAUGAAGCAUAGGAGAAGAUAUACGACAAAGAUAUCAUCACUUUGUUAGAGUUUUGAAAUGUAGUAUUUUACUUUACCAUCAUUGUAAAAAUGUCUAUUUUCCAGUAUUACAUUUCACGUGGUAUUAGAUUACAUGUUACACGUGGUGUAAGUGCGCAAGGAUUUGAUUAAUCUUGGUAGAAUCUGAUUUUUUGUUGCA